AUGAGCACGUUCUUCAAAGGCAGCACGCCAGGACCAAAUACACAAAAUUACAACCACGAGGAGGCGUCCAGAACUACGCAACCCCUCGCCACCACCGCCGGUGUGACGGAUCAGCAAUGGCAGCCACGCCAGUCACCCAGCUCCGACUACCCGGUCGAGCGCCCCUACGAUGAGGAGAACCGGAAGCCAGAGGUCCCGGGAUCUCCAGCAUCAAGCACCAAAGAUGAAGUGACUUACCCCGAAGGAGGCACUCAAGCAUGGCUCGUCGUGCUAGGCUCCUUCUGCGGCCUAGUCGCCGGCCUAGGGCUGAUGAACACGAUCGGAGUGUACCAAGCCUACGUCUCUGAGAAUCAGCUGGCAGAGUACGAUGAAUCCACCAUCGGUUGGAUCUUCUCGGUCUACGUCUUCCUGUCCUUUGGCUGUGGCUUGCUGGUAGGACCAGUCUUCGACCGCCACGGUCCUCGACUGCUGGUGGCCGCGGGCAGCAUCCUGAUCCUACUGUGCACGUUCUUGAUGAGCAUCUGCACGCAAUACUGGCACUUCAUGCUCGCCUUUGGCGUGCUAGGCGGGACUGGCACAUCACUGGUAUUCACACCUGCUAUUUCCGCAAUUGCACAUUGGUUCAUGGUCAAGCGCGGCAACGCCACUGGCCUCGCAGCUGCUGGCGGCUCAGUAGGCGGCGUCAUCUUUCCGCUCAUGCUCCAGAGGCUUUUCGCAAGCGUGGGCUGGGGCUGGGCACUGAGGAUUCAAGGGUUCAUUUUCCUGGCCUUGCUCAUCGUUGCCAACGUUCUCAUCCGCUCACGCCUGCCGCCAAAGCUGGGCGGCAACUCGAUGCCGGAUUUCAGAAUACUCAGGCUGCCGGCGUUCAGUCUACUGACGGUUGGCACGUAUCUCAUGGAGUGGGGUCUGUUCACCCCAAUAGCAUACCUGACUAUCUACUCGAUCCAAUCUGGAGCCAUGAGCAGGGAGUUCGCCGUCCAACUCGUUGCGAUCUUCAACGCUGCCUCAUCAAUCGGACGAUGGGCGCCAGGCUACGCAGCAGACAAGUUCGGCCGCUUCAACUUGAUGCUCAUCACCCUCAGCAUCUGCAUGGUAGCUGCCUUCGCGUUCUGGCUGCCAGGGGCGGUGCUCUCCGACGGCUCGCAUCCAGGCAGCAACACCGCUAUCAAGGCUCUUACCAUUGUGUAUUGCGUCUUCGGUGGCUUUGGAUCGGGAGCAAACAUAUCGCUUACGCCUGUUUGCGUUGGUCUGAUGUGUGACACGCAAGAGUAUGGUCGAUACUACUCUACCUGCUACUCGCUCGUAGCCAUCGGAACACUGACCGGCACGCCCAUCGCUGGUGCCAUCAUCUCGGCAAACGGUGGAGCAUACUGGGGCAUCACGAUUUGGACAGGAAUCAACUACCUGCUUGCGCUGCUCUGCUUCACGGGAGCUAGGGUCAUGCUUGCGGGAUGGAAGAUGAACAAGGUGUAUUGA